GCCGGAAAGGGCGUGGAGACCGUGGCCGGCCGGCGGGGAGCCGCGCCUUCCCCGGGACUGCGUACGCCUCCCCCGGGACUGAGUACGCCUCCCCCGAUCCCGCCCGGGCCACGAGUCCGCCGGGCUCGGGCUGUGCCGAGCAGGUGCUGACCGUUAGCCCCAGGCCGCCGCCCACUGCCUGCCGGAGGCCCCGCCAUGGCCCAGCAGAGAGCCCUGCCGCAGAGCAAGGAGACGCUGCUGCAGUCUUACAACAAGCGGCUCAAGGAUGAUGUCAAGUCCAUCAUGGACAACUUCGCCGAGAUCAUCAAGACCACCAAGAUUGAGGAUGAGACACAGGUGUCCAGAGCCACUCAGGGUGAGCAGGACAAUUACGAGAUGCACGUGCGAGCCGCCAACAUCGUCCGAGCCGGAGAGUCCCUGAUGAAGCUGGUGUCCGACCUCAAGCAGUUCCUCAUCCUCAACGACUUCCCGUCGGUGAACGAGGCCAUCGACCAGCGCAACCAGCAGCUCCGUGCCCUGCAGGAGGAAUGCGACCGGAAGCUCAUCGCCCUGCGAGACGAGGUCUCCAUCGACCUCUACGAGCUGGAGGAGGAGUAUUACUCGUCCAGCUCCAGUCUUUGCGAAGCUAAUGAUCUGCCUCUGUGCGAAGCUUACUGGAGGCUGGACCUCGACACAGACGCCGCUGAUGGCCGCUCGGCCCCUCUGCUGGCGUCCCCGGAGCCCAGCGCUGGCCCCCUGCAGGCUGCAGCCCCUGCCCACUCCCACGCCAGCGGCCCUGGCCCCACGGAGCACCCCUGAGCCUCCCGCGCCCCAGCCCAGGGCCUUAGGAACAAAAUCCAGGGCCCCCUUCCGGCCGCCCAGCCUCCCUCCUCUCAGCCUUGGUUUCCACUUGGGGAGCCACUGUGGCCUCCUUGGGCACCUCCUCGGCACAGGGACAGCGCACCCAGGGGUGUCGGGGGAAAGUCGCUCCCCCGGCCCUUGCCAGGGUGGCCCAGUCUUCCCAAGUCACGUCUGGUCGCUGCCUUCCCGGCCGGCUGGUGAGAGAGGUGUCUAGGGCGCUUCGCCCAGCCGAGGACCUCACAGCGGGGCAGGGCGGGCGCCCGAUGUCCGGGGACAUGACCUGAGCCUGCCGUUUAAAAUGGGGGGUGCUCUGAGUGGGCGGUGCUAGCCCUUCGGCCAGGCGCCCCGUGCAUGGCCACCACGCCGCGUCGCCCCGAGGGGCGCUGCAGGGCUGGGGUGCCGCUGGUUGCGCACAGGCCGGCAGGGCGUCCGUGUUCAUGUUCCGGCUGUUUUUCUGCAGCGAGACUGUCAAAUAAAAACAGAGCCGCCCUUGG